UUAGGGGUUUUGACUUCUAAACCUCCAAUACAACGCACACCGAAGUUGGAGAUUGACCGGAAUGCGGUCAACCUAAUCAAUUCAUAUACCUACCUAUUCUGUAACUGGAUAUUUUCACUAGAUGAACUCAUCAUAUUUUGCGUCAGUAACGUUCGAGGUAGCAAACAGUAAACAUACACGAAAAAUAUGUCUGAAUCAAAGCAGGACAUUCCGGAUGCACCACCGAAGGUGGCAGCAACAGGCCAGCAGCCCACAGCGGAAUCAAACGAUGCCCCACAAUAUCUGUACGAUGCAGUCGCUAGAAUGGCACCGCAGGAGGGCUUCACUCCUGGUCAGUUUGAAUUAACGUUCGACGCAGGGUCAGGCAAGGGCGACGGUUUCACAGGGGAACUGUUCCGUGCUAAAAUCGUUGAAGGCAGCAAAGAGCUGGAAGUUCUCUGUAAGAUUCCUCCCGUUAACGAAACUCGCCGUCGGCAGUUCAAUUCGAUGGUGAACUUUGACCGAGAAGUGUUGGUUUACUCGAAACUUCUGCCGAUUAUAUACGAGUUUCAACGUGAGAAGGGCGUUACCGAGGAGGUUGGAUUUUUCAACGCACCGAAAUGCUACCUAGCGUACUACGAAGCAGACAGCGAGGAGUCGGUGAUUGUGAUGGACGAUCUGCGGCUUAAGAAUUACCGCAUGUGGAACAAGCUGGUUCCGGUUAACUACGAACACUGCAAGUUGUGUAUGAUCCAGCUCGGUAGACUGCACGCAGUAUCUUUUGCCCUGAAGGAUCAGAAGCCGGAGAUGUUUGAACAGUUCAAAGUUCCCGAUCCGAUGAGUAAAACCUAUAAAGAUAACGAACCGUUUUUGUACAUGAUGUACCUGUCCAUGGACAGGGCAAUCGCUACUCUCGAACCCGAAGAAGAGGAAGCGCGUCAAAAAUUGUUGCAACUGAAAAGCACUAUGGCUGAGGAUUUUUUUAAACUCACUCAAUCAGAGAAGGCGGAACCAUACGCUGUUCUCGGACACGGCGAUUGUUGGAUCAACAAUUUUAUCUAUGGUUACGAGAACGACGCCCCAUCAGAAAUCGUUCUACUAGACUGGCAAGUCAGUCGGUAUGCUUCACCGGCACUGGAUUUGCUGUAUUUCCUAUUCUGCUGUACCGAUGGGGAAUUCCGGGCGGCGCAUUUUGAAGAAAUGCUUCGCAUUUAUCACGAUUCUUUGGGAAGCCUCUUGAAAAAACUGGGCGGUGACCCUAGCAGGCAGUUCCCUUUCACGGCCCUGAAAGAGCAGAUCAAAGCUUGUGGCAAAUUUGGCCUGCUUAUGGCUAUGUUUCUCGUGCCAUUGAUGUGUAUCGAAAAUCAGGACCUACCGAAUAUGGAUGUCGAAGCAGAAAAGUUCAAAGAAAACCAAAAGAUUGAUAUGGAUGCUUUCGCGAUAAAUGAGCGCGCCGAGGUCAGAUUGCGAAAGCGGCUGAGUGCCGCUAUCAGAGACGGGAUAAGUUACGGUUAUAUCUAGUGUUUAGACGAUGUGGGUGUGCAUUUAUACAAUACCGAUAGACGGUUUGAUUUUAUCUAGGAUUAUAACAAUGUAUUUCUGGUGCAUGUAUGAAAUGGCAAUUAUACUAUUUAAUUUGUCAUAUUUAAUCACAUUUUAUAUGAUAUUCUAACAAGUGGCGGUGUUGAUAGCUCCUGAAUUCUAUGUACGUUGUUCGUUUUAUUGUUUGUUUAUUUCAAUGGUGUAAAUGUUGUAGAAUAUCAAUGUACAAUAUUAUAAGUACAUAUAAAUAUA